AUGAAACUCUGGGCUACAGAGAUCCAAGAUAACAAACAAUUGAUACAGACCAAUCGGAUGCCGCCUACUUUAACUGUGUGGGACGCUUUGGAAGCGGAGGGCUCUUCGCACACACCACCAGUGGCUCCUUCGGCCUCUAAAGAGACAUGUCUAUCACCCAAAGGUGUGAGGUCCUUUUUGAAUCUAAGCAGACUGGCUACGGACGAUGUGAUCAGACAGAGACUCAAUGGAUUACUUCAGAACACUCACAAUUUAUCUGGGCACGGAAAGGAGGCGAAUAAGAAUGCUUUGUGCAAGUCUUUCAUCAAUGAUCUACUACUUCCAUCCUGGAAAGCACGGUUACAGGCGAUUGAAUACUGCAGUUCUGUGGAGCGGGAAAUGAGGCUGGAGAUUGAAGCAAGCCACAGGGAGGUUUCCAACAAAAAGCUGGUCGAGCCUAAACUGGAUCCGUAUGCUGCGCGCGAUGCACUGGAGGAAGUGAAUCAACAAUUCGAAGGCGUAGACCGGUUCCGAGGGUGGUUGGAAAACGAGUCGCAAGUGGAGACGAUUGUCCGGAAUCGGACCAUCGGUAUAAUGCAAGAUUCUUGUGGGGUCCGGGCCGAUGAUUUCGGCCAGUUCGGCACAGAAAAUUAG